UUGAGGUUAGAAAAUUAUCAUUAUUAUCUAUUUAUUUUUAAACUGUUCUAUGAACUUACGAGUUUUGAACUUUGUACAGAUAUUUAAAAGCGGUUAAUAAGUUCAAAAACUAACUACCAAAAAUGGCUUUAAGAUCUUUAACUAAAUUUAACUUUGUUCGCCAAGGUGCCAGAAGUUUAAGCUCAACAGCUAGUUUAGUUAGUGUAGAAGUAAAUGAUAAAACUGGUAUUGCCACUGUAACCCUCCAAAGACCCCCUGUUAAUAGUUUGAAUUUAGAAUUACUCUCAGAUAUAAGAUAUAACUUAACAGAACUAGGAAAAAACAAGAGCCGUGGUGCUAUAAUAACAUCAGCUUUCAAGACCUUUUCUGCUGGUUUAGAUAUAACCGAGAUGUAUAAACCCGACAUAGAAAGGGCUUCAAAGUUUUGGAAUACAUUGCAAGACGUUUAUGAAGUUCUCUACGGUUCAGCGUAUCCGACAGUUGCAGUUAUUAACGGACCUGCACCAGCUGGAGGUUGUUUGCUUUCAAUGUGCUGUGAAUAUCGAGUUAUGGUUCCGAAUUCAAUCAUCGGGCUGAAUGAGACACAAUUAGGCAUCGUUGCACCUCCAUGGUUUGCUAGUACCAUGGAAAAUAUUAUAGGCAAAAGGCAAACAGAGCUUGCCUUAACAACGGGAAGGUUAUUUUCAACUGACGAAGCUCUGAAAGUGGGUCUUAUCGAUGAAGUGGUUCAGGAUAAGGAUGAGGGCCUGCAAAAAGCUAAUGCUUUUCUGGGGAAGUUUGCGAGAAUAUCGCCCUUUGCCAGGAAUGUAUCGAAGCAAACUAUUAGGGGGGAAACGUUGAAGAGAAUGUCAAAAGAUAGGGAGAACGAUUUGAAGAGGUUUAUACAAGUUAUUACGCAGGACGCUGUACAGAAAGGGUUGGGGCUCUAUAUUGAGUCUUUGAAGAAGAAAUAAGAGGCAUAGGGGAGUGGUUUUGUUGUAUUUUGUAUACUUGAUGUACCUACGUUUAUUUUAUAGUUUUUUUUAAUAAAAGAGAUGUUUAGUACUUUUUAA